GAAUUGUGUGGCGCGACGGGCUUCUCUUGAACCACGACAACCAUGAUCAUAUCUAUCGUGCUUUCUUUGUUUUCCCUUGCUGUAGCGGAGAUUACUCCUGUUCCCCUGGACUACUGUGCAGCCAUUGCCGGUAAACAAUGGGUUUCUCCACUCGAAGUUCGGUCUUGUAUGCAUUCAUUUCCAGUGAAUCGGGACGUUAAAGAGAACAUUAUCGAGGUUCUGAGCAAAACAAUCGCUAUGCACACGUCGGUAAACUACCAGAUUUCAGCACCCAAGCCAUUUGACAAGGACGUUCAUGAGGACCUACACAAGGACUUGGCUCGCAUAAGACAGCAAAAAUAUCAGUCCGAAUUUGAAUUCCAUCUCGAUAUCUUUCAUACGUUCAGGCGGCUCAACGAUGGACACUGUGUUGUCAUCAAUCUCUGCUAUGACUCACUGUACAUCUCGUAUUUGCCGACACCCCUAGUGCUCCUUACCGCUGCAGAUGGUCGACAGAGCGUUCAUAUCGCUCCGGAAGCUUUCGCAGUUGCAUCCGCUGAAUUCGGUGAAGAGAUUGAGUUUUGGCAGAACGCGCUCCCUGGAAAGCUGCAAGGCCAGCUAGAGACACUCAACGGUGCCGAAGUGCUUGCUAUCAAUGACCAAGAUCCUUUCGUCGCAGUCAACUCAAAUGCUUUGAUUACUGGAGGCUAUCAAUCCUUCGGGACACGCCAAAACUCAUUCUUCUCCAGCUACUAUCGCGGCGCCGAUGGUUGGCUUUAUCAAAUGGGCAAUUUUGCCCAGCAAGUCCAUCCCCUUACGGAUGUGGUCAAGCUUGCUAUUCGACGCGUAAAUAGCACUUCCAUCGACAUUGUUACUCUUCCUUACAGAUCGCGUUUCGGUCGGGGGUCCAAGAACUUUACCGACUCUGCAUCAUAUCGUGCAAACAACUGCAUCGCAACUAAUGGAACUAACGGUGUGGACAUGUACGCCGUAACUCGUUCGACAACACAAGAGCACUCCGAAGAUCCCCUUCCAAUUGCUUAUUUCCAACAACAACCCCCCAUUCCACGCAAAGAAGCGCGAAGACAUCCGAUGAACGUACUUGUUGAUGCUUUGCCUCUUUCCAACAUUAAUCUUCCCGAAAUCAUGCAACCUUCCAAGCCUGCUCUUAAUGAAAGCUACAGUGUAGCCCAAUUCUACAUGCUUGAUGACGCUGUCACCGGUGUCCUCGCUUUGGGUAGCUUUUCGGCUGCGAAUUUCUCUGCAUUUCAGCAUAGUUUGUUGGAUGGUCUUGUGAAGCUUAAGUCUCUCGGAGCUACUCAAUUACUGGUCGAUGUUACAAAUAACGGAGGAGGCUAUAUCUGUAUCGCACAUUGGCUACACAGAAUUAUCAUAGGGUCCAAAUCCACAACUGAACCACAGGCGGGGCUCGAUACUACCACUCGUGCCGGAACUUUAGCUCAACUGAUCGUGCAAAAGAUCGUCAAAGAUGUCAUGGAUCCAGACGCCCUGCUUUACUAUAAUCCCACUCAGUGGACCAACGCCUCUAAUAUACCGUUCUCAGCGGACACUGAAUGGCUCAAACCUCUGCAGGAAUUGAUGAUCAACGGACACGAGGACGCUUUCAGUCAACGCUUAGGUCAAGAAUGCCAGCCGUUCGGUGUUGAACCCCCACGGAAAGGAUUCUUCAAAGCGAAGGACGUAGUCAUCAUCUCAAAUGGAAGGUGUGCGAGCUCAUGCUCUUUAUUCAGCAUCACGAUGUCCAAACUCGAAGGUGUACGAACGGUAGUGGUAGGUGGCAAACAAGAAACCACGCAACAAUACUGUGGUGUUGUCGGUGGACAAUCAACGGACUUCUCCACAAUAGAUACAGAGAUCAAAAGUGUUCAUCUAAAAAAUCAUACCCUUGCUCCUCCUGAUCUGUUGGCAAACAUCAUUGAAGGGAUAACGUGGAGACUAGCCUACGGGAUCGAUGAUCCUACAGAGCCCGAAGAAUGGCAGGAUCAUCCUGCAGAUAUAAAUUUUCCAUUGACAAUGGAAACGGUCAAUAAACCUGUUGCCAUUUGGAAGGCUGUGGCAAAGGAAGUAUUUAUUAGUAAUCCUCCGCCGCUAUUAGUACAAGACAAGUAAUGUUAUGUAGGAAUCAGAGACGAAGGUUCAUCACGAAUCAUGAUCAAAUGAAGAUAUGCCGCUUUGAC